AUGGCUGAGUAUCUGAGGCUGCCCCACUCCCUGGCGCUGAUCCGCCUCUGCAAUCCUCCGGUCAACGCCAUCAGCCCAGCUGUAAUCCAGGGAAUAAGAGAUGGGCUCCAGAAAGCUGGGUCAGACCACACGAUUAGAGCCAUUGUGAUCUGUGGAGCAAAUGGUUUCUUCUGUGCAGGUGCCGAUAUCCAUGGCUUCAGCUCUCCCUCCCGUGGCCUUGCACUGGGAGACUUGGUAGAUGAGGUACAGAGAUACCAGAAGCCAGUGUUGGCCGCCAUCCAAGGUGUGGCUCUCGGAGGAGGACUAGAGCUGGCCUUAGGCUGUCACUACCGGAUUGCCAAUGCAAAGGCUCAUGUUGGCUUUCCGGAGGUCACAUUGGGGAUUCUUCCCGGUGCCAGAGGAACCCAGCUUCUCCCCAGACUCGUUGGAAUUCCUAUUGCUCUCGACUUAAUUACCUCAGGAAGACAUAUUUUAGCAGGUGAAGCGCUGAAGCUUGGCAUUCUGGAUGCAGUCGUGAAGUCAGACCCAGUUGAAGAAGCCAUCAAGUUUGCUCAGAAGAUUAUGGACAAACCUUUAGAGCCCCGCAGGAUCAUAAACAAGCCGGUCCCAAGCUUGCCCAACAUGGACGGUAUUUUCGCAGACGCUAUUGCCAAGGUACGGAAGCAGUACCCUGGCCGCCUGGCGCCAGAGACUUGUGUGCGUUCGGUGCAGGCCUCCGUGAAGCAUCCCUAUCAAGUGGGCAUCAAGGAAGAAGAAAAGCUAUUUCUGUACCUGAAGGCAUCCGGACAGGCUAGAGCCUUGCAGUAUGCCUUUUUCGCUGAGAAGUCGGCAAAUAAGUGGUCAACUCCCUCGGGAGCCUCCUGGAAGACAGCAUCUGCUCAACCCGUCUCCUCGGUCGGCGUCCUUGGCUUGGGAACAAUGGGCCGAGGCAUCGCCAUUUCUUUUGCAAGGGCGGGCAUCCCCGUGGUUGCCGUGGAGUCGGACCCAAAGCAGCUGGAUGCUGCCAAGAAGAUAAUAACAUCCUCCUUGGAGAAAGAAGCAUCCAAAAUGCAGCAGCGUGGCCAAGCUUCCGCAGGACCAAAAGUCAGCUUCUCUUCCUCCACUAAGGACCUUUCAAGUGUGGAUUUGGUGGUUGAAGCAGUGUUUGAAGAUAUGACCCUGAAGAAGAAAGUCUUCGCUGAACUGUCAGCCCUGUGCAAGCCAGGAGCCUUUCUGUGCACCAAUACAUCAGCGCUGGACGUGGAUGUCAUUGCUUCCUCCACGGAUCACCCUGAGAUGGUGAUUGGCACCCACUUCUUCUCGCCGGCUCAUAUCAUGACGUUACUAGAGGUUAUUCCUAGCCGAUAUACCUCCCCUACUACCAUCGCCACUGCUAUGAGCUUAUCCAAAAAGAUCGGAAAGAUCGCGGUGGUUGUCGGCAACUGCUAUGGAUUUGUUGGGAACCGGAUGUUGGCGCCCUAUUACAACCAGACGUAUUUUUUGCUAGAGGAAGGCAGUAAGCCCGAGGAUGUAGAUGGGGUCUUAGAGGAGUUUGGUAUGAGAAUGGGACCCUUCAGGGUGUCUGACCUCGCAGGGCUAGAUGUGGGUUGGAAAGUUCGCAAGGGCCAAGGCCUUACUGGGCCGUCAGUGCCGCCGGGAACUCCUGCCCGGAAGCGAGGCAAUAGCAGAUACUCCCCAAUUGCUGAUAUGCUCUGUGAAUCUGGGCGAUUCGGUCAGAAGACCGGUAAGGGCUGGUAUCAGUAUGACAAGCCACUGGGUCGGAUUCACAAACCGGAUCCCUGGCUUUCCAAGUUCCUGUCACAAUAUAGGGAAGCACACCACAUUGAGCAGCGCUCCAUCAGUAAGGAGGAGAUCCUGGAGCGUUGCUUGUAUUCCCUCAUCAAUGAGGCCUUCCGCAUCUUGGAGGAGGGGAUGGCUUCUAGCCCAGAACACAUUGAUGUCAUCUACUUGCACGGGUACGGGUGGCCAAGGCACAUGGGUGGGCCCAUGUACUAUGCUGCCUCAGUGGGGCUGCCCACAGUCCUGGAGAAACUACAGAAAUACUACAGACAGAACCCUGAUAUCCCCCAACUAGAGCCCAGCAACUACCUGCGGAAGCUGGUUGCCCAGGGAAGCCCUCCUCUGAAAGAAUGGCAGAGGUUGGCAGGGCCCCACAGCAGUAAGCUGUGAUUCAGUCUUCUGCGUUUUGCCACAUAUGUUGGCAUCUGAUUUCAGUGUGAUUCAUUCCUAACAUUCACAGAGAUCGCUCUCCAGUACAGAUCAUGGCUGGUGGUGGUGAUGAUGACGACAACGACGACUGAUUAGCAAAAGCUCCUUUCUGUUUCUUUCUACCUCAUGAUUCUAUUGGUCAGAUUUCAGGAAUGUGUUUUCUAUACCUCUGCCUGUACUUCGAUCAGAAACACUCAGAGAAUAUGUUCUCGCUACUACGAGAGUUCAUCUCUUUUGGCCUUUUGCCUUGUAUAACAAAAACGUA